CGCCCGCGAUGUAGCGGCGGCCAGCGACCACUGGCGGUGUUCAGUACGCCCGCGACUCCGCGCCGCGCUGUACGCCACGCUCGCAUCCCGGCCCGACGCUCCACAUGCCGAGAGACGAGUCUUCCAAAGGUGUGGCCGCGUGGCUGCGGCGCUGGUGGCGCGCGCUGGUGGCCGAGCUGGUGGCCACGGCGCUGCUGGUGUGGCUGGGAGUGGCCGCCAUGAUGCCGGUGCGCGGGCCCGGCUCCGUCAUGCUGGCACACCCCGCUAUGGCGUUCGGCUUCGUAGUGAUCGCUAAUGCGUGCGCUUUCGGUCCCGCUUCGGGCGCGCAUAUGAACCCAGCCGUGACCCUGGCCGCGGUGCUGUAUGGGCAGCUGGGCGCCAGCCCCGCGCUGGGCUACGUGGUGGCCCAGAUGUUGGGCGCCAUACUGGGCUUCGGCGCGCUGCUGGGCACGACGCCGGCGGCGGCGGCGCUGGCGCCGGCGGGCUGCACGCUGCCGGCGCCGCACGUGUCGGCGCUGAGCGCGGCGCUGCUGGAGGCCGCGCUCACCGCCGUGCUGGCGCUGGCUUGUUGCGGCCUGUGGAGCGUGCACGACCCCGCGCGUCCAGACCCCGCCGUGCCCAUCAAGCUGGGUCUCGUCGUCGCCGGCCUCGUCUACGCAGGGGGCCACGCGACCGGCGCCAGCAUCAACCCGGCCAGAAGCUUCGCGCCCGCUCUGCUGCACGGAUACUGGGAAUACCAAUGGGUGUACUGGGCGGGCCCGCUGGGCGGCGCGGCGCUGGCGGCGCUGGCCCACCGCUGGGUGCUGACGCCGCGCAGGCGCCCGCGUGCCGACCCCGCAGAGCUGCCACUACAGGACAAACCGGACCAGCCCUAGUGUUCCCUUAUUUACGUAUUUUAUUUUAUUAAAUAAUAUUUCAGUUA